AUGGGUGAUUUCCGUCGGGCUUUCCGAUUAGCGCAACUUGAAUCGACGUUACUUCUCGAGAAGACGCAUAUCGAUCUAAAUGAUCUACGAAUUUCAUGUAGUUAUGGCAUACCGGAUGUUUUGCGUCCACUUUGUUGGCGUUUAUUGUUAAACUAUUUGCCUUUGGAACGGCAUUCUUGGCCGAUUUAUUUGCAUAAACAAAGAGAAAAUUAUGACAGACUUGUCGACGAUGUUAUUGUUCAUCCUGGAGUGUCCAGCUGUACAACGGAUUGUGCGAAUGUUAAUGAUCAUCCUUUGAAUGAAAGUCCUCAAAGUGAAUGGAAGAAUUAUUUCAAGGAUAACGAAGUAUUAAUUCAAAUUGAUAAGGACGUUCGUCGUCUUUGUCCAGAAAUUGAUUUUUUCCAACGUUUUACUACUUAUCCCCACAGAUCGGCUGCCAAAAUGAAUCUUUCUCAACGCAUUCGUCAAGAAACGUUACCAUCUGAAACUUACGAAUCAAAUAAAUUCACUUCUACCGCUAGUCCAGUCCGUGAUUGGCAUUGUAGGUGA